AUGAAAAGUACAAAGAUUUACAAUCUCAAUAACGAUAUAGUGGUUACUCAGGACCAGCUAGACUUGUGGAAUGAUUACUUAUCAGAUGAAAAAUCACCUCAAGAAAUUCUCCAAUGGUCCAUCGGAACUUUUCCGCAUCUUUAUCAAAGUACUGCCUUUGGUCUAACAGGUUUAGUAAUUAUUGACAUGCUAUCGAAAAUCUUACAUGAUGAUAAACAGAUGAUUCCUCUGAUAUUUAUUGACACUUUGCAUCACUUUCCUCAAACAUUGGAUUUGAUGCGCAAGAUUGAAGCUAAAUAUUAUAAACCAAGGUCUCAACAGAUUCAUAUAUUCCAACCUAAAGGCGUAUCCACAGAGCAUGAGUUUAUUAAACAAUACGGAGAUUCAUUAUGGGAAAGAGAAGAAGAUAAGUAUGAUUUUUUAGUUAAGGUCGAGCCUGCACAUAGGGCUUAUCAAACUUUAAAAGUAAGUGCAGUGCUGACAGGGCGUCGGAAGUCUCAAGGUGGCAGUCGCGCCAAUUUACAAUUUGUUGAAGUUGAUGAAGUGAAUCGCAUAUUGAAAAUCAAUCCGUUAGCUAACUGGAACUUCAGCCAAGUCAAAUCUUACGUUUAUAAACAAGAAGUACCCUAUAAUGAAUUGCUGGAUCUUGGUUAUAAGUCUAUUGGCGAUUAUCACUCCACCCAGCCAGUCGGAGAAAAUGAAGAUGAGAGAUCUGGUAGAUGGAAGGGGAAGGUUAAAUCAGAGUGUGGACUACACUUACCAGCCGAACAUGCUGAAUCAUUGUUGAGUAGCGCUACAUAUUAG